AUGAAGAGAAGCACCUUCCUCAUCCUCUCCAUCGUGGGGAUCUACAGCACCAUUCUCCACGCAGCAGGCUGGUCUGUGAACAACUUUCUGAUGACAGGACCUAAGGCUUACCUGACCUACUCCAGCAGCGUGGCAGCCGGGGCGCACAGCGGGAUGGAGGAGUGCAAGUUCCAGUUUGGGUGGGAGCGCUGGAACUGCCCUGAGAGUGCCCUGCAGCUCUCCACACACAACCGGCUCCGCAGCGCUACCCGGGAAACAUCCUUCGUACACGCCAUCAGCUCGGCCGGCGUCAUGUACACCCUGACCAGGAACUGCAGCGUGGGAGACUUCGAGAGCUGCGGCUGCGAUGACUCCCGGAACGGCCGCGUGGGUGGUCGUGGCUGGGUCUGGGGAGGCUGCAGCGACAACGUGGAGUUUGGGGAGAGGAUUUCCAAGCUCUUUGUGGACGCUCUGGAAACCGGGCACGAUACCCGCGCGCUGAUUAACCUGCACAACAAUGAAGCUGGGAGACUUGCGGUGAGAGCCACCAUGAAACGAGCCUGCAAGUGCCAUGGGGUGUCGGGCAGCUGCAGCAUCCAGACCUGCUGGCUCCCGCCGACCGGCCGGCGGCUCUGCACCGAGUGCGGCCUGCGCGUGGAGGAGAGGAGGGCCUAGGUGGUGACCAGCUGCAACUGCAAGUUCCACUGGUGCUGCACCGUGCGCUGCGAGCAGUGCCGGCAGCUGGUGGCCAAGCACUUCUGCGCCCGCCGCGAGGCCGCCGCGCCCAACCGCAUCCGGAGGAGGAACAGGGGCCACAAGAGAUAG